AGACGGAAGCUGUAAAAGUUCACUUGUUGGUGGUAAUAAGAGACUUCUGCCAUAACCGAUGAAGUUCGGUUGCUAUGUUUCCAUGUCUUUUUCAUUUUUGCUGUUAAACAAACAAACAGGAAAAGAACUAGACCAGGCUUGUCCUGUCCUGUACAAAUCAAUAUCGAAGAGUUUGUAAAUCAAUAGUGAAUGUUAUGUUUGUUCCCCAGGAACCGUCAUUUGAUGAAUUGUGGAUUACUGAAGGAAGGAGUGACUUGUUAAGAAACAAGACCGCCCUGUCACUACAGCACAUGAAGGGAAGAUGCUGCUUGACCAAUUAUAAUUUACUCUUUUCAUCUGUAGCCACACACUCAAGUUUAUAAUAUUGAUUUCAUUCUCACUCUUUUUCUUUUUUUAUUUCCCAUCAUUACUUUUUUUUACAAUCACUACCAUCAUCACCGUCAACAACAGUCCCAUCAAUGUCACCCAAAGCUUUUUCUGAUCCCCACCUUCCCCAAUAUUGUUAACGCUGUUCGCUGUCUCAUCACUACGAACCACUUCCACCAUCACUUCAACUUUGUUUUCAUUUCUUUCUACUUCUAUUAUAUUUUUGUUCUGUUGAUCCGUUCACGUCAUUUUUGGAACAUUAGUAACAACAGCAAUAACUUUCAAAUAACAACAGUAACAACUACUACAAACUUCUCAGUAUCUUUACAUGUCUACAUUCCACUCUCUCUAUCUAUAUCUGUUCCUCUUUUGGUUAAGUUAAUUCUGUUUUUGUUUUAGCAGCCAACUAAAACAACUGAAAUAAUUAUAGCAGGAACACAAAUGUGAAGCAGGCAACUGUAACAAACUUGGCACUGAUACAACUUAGAUUAUUUACAUCGAUAUUUAAAUUUAUGCAUGUAUAAAUAAACUUAAUUGAACUUUAGUAAAGUUAUCUAAACUAAUAGGAAAAUAAUGAACUAGACUUCUAAUGAAACAAGUACAAACAUACACACUUUGUAUCCUCAUCCCCUCAAAAUCCUCUCUUUCUCACACAUCUCUCUCUCUCACUGUUUCUGUACUAUAUGUCACUCUUUCCCUCUCACUCAUCCUUCAACAGCUAAUCGUUAUUUCAUGACAGCUUAUUGAUAUCCACCUUCUUUAAUCAAAAUAACCCACUCAUUCCAACAACACACGCUUAUCUAUCUUCAUCUAACCAUCCUCCUACCAAGCCUGCCUGACCGCUACUGACUUCGUAAACAUUAAGGAAAAAAAACAGUCUUUUUAUAGUCGGAGAUUAAUAACCGAUUUGUCAUUAACUGUCCAGUUCCAUUCACAGUGCAAAAAGUUCCAACAGUUCUAUACUGGUUUCAUCAUAGCACCUCCAAGCUCACCAACAACAUUAACGUAUACAAGACGUACGUUUCCGUGGAUCAGUUAUCACAUUGACCAUGUCAGGGAACAGCCGCCCUGCUAGUGCCCAAUCUCGCAAAGCAUGGCAAAGUAAUGACGAUAUGGGUUUAGUUCCCACAUCUAAUGAUAGUAAUGGCAUUGUUUCUCAAUCAUACGGUAUGGAACCGGGUAUGUACGGCAGUAAAUUCAAUGAAAAAAAGGAAUCUCCUAAACCACCAGUAGGAUUCUGCGGGAAAGUGAUGAAAGGUAUCCGUUCUUUGUGGGCUACGCGUGACACAGAAGAGACCAAAGGAGAUCGUGAACUUCACGUGAAGACCACUCUAAGAGAACUUAUCAUCUACAUCAUUUUCCUUGCUGUACUUUGUGUCAUUACAUUUGGAAUGACAAGCACAUCUAUGUAUUACUACACCAAGGCCAUGACUGAUCUAUUUAUUGAUUCUACAUAUUCUGGUGGUGGCAGCUUCAGAACUAUAACCACAGUCAAUGAUGUCUGGAAAUUUACAAAAGGGCCAUUGAUGGAUUCUCUUUACUGGGAGAAAUGGUAUAAUGAAGAACCAAUUGUUGGUGAAAGAUUCAUCUAUUAUGAAAACAAAUUACUUGGCUUACCUCGAAUGCGACAGUUAAGAGUACGGAAUGAUUCCUGUAUUGUUCAUUCAGACUUCAAGAACACAAUCAAAACCUGUUAUGAUGCUUAUUCUGAGAACAACGAAGACCACGAAACAUUUGGUGCAAAUCCCCCAACAGACAUUGCAAAAGCGUUCAUCUAUCGUACCAAAGAUGAACUGGAUGGGACUUCACAUUGGGGCCAGUUAGAAACAUAUGGUACUGGUGGUUUUGUACAAGAUUUAGGCAAAACUAAGAACGUUUCACUGAAAUUUGUAACUGCUCUUUUUGAUAACUUGUGGAUUGAUCGUGGAACGAGAGUCCUCUUUAUUGACUUCACGGUCUACAAUGCCAACAUAAAUCUCUUUUGUGUUAUGAGACUGGUUGUUGAGUUCCCUGCAACUGGUGGUGCACUUUCAUCAUGGAGAAUUGCAAGUGUCAAACUUAUCCGAUAUGUGAAUAGUCUGGAUUAUUUUGUGAUGGCCUGUGAAGCAAUUUUUGUUCUCUUCAUAUUGUAUUACAUCAUUGAAGAAACUAUUGAGAUCAAGAAACACAAGUUAUCUUAUUUCAAAUGCUUCUGGAAUAUUCUUGAUAUGUUGGUGAUUUUCAUAUCUGUUUUAUGUAUUGCAUUCAAUGUCUACAGAACCAGUGCUGUUGGCGAUAAACUUAACCAGUUACUUUCAUCCAGUAAUAAAUAUUCAGAUUUUCAGUUCCUUGCAUUCUGCCAAACACAUUUCAAUAAUGCAAUUGCUGUUACAGUUUUUAUGGCAUGGAUCAAGAUCUUCAAAUACAUUAGCUUCAACAAAACCAUGACACAACUGUCAUCGACUCUUGGUAAAUGUGCCAAAGAUCUGGCUGGAUUUGCUGUCAUGUUCUUCAUUAUUUUCCUGGCUUUCACACAACUUGGUUAUCUAAUCUUUGGAACUCAAGUGAAAGAAUUUAGCAGCUUUGAAAGUGCUUUUUUCACCUUGUUCCGAAUUAUCUUGGGUGACUUUGACUUCCACCAGUUAGAAUCUGCAAACCGAGUAUUAGGACCAAUAUUCUUUAUUCUCUAUGUAUUCUUUGUAUUCUUCAUCCUUCUCAAUAUGUUCCUGGCAAUUAUCAAUGAUACCUAUUCUGAGGUAAAAGGUGAUAUUGCUAAUCAGAAGAGUGAAUUCGAGAUGACUGACUACUUUAAGCGGGGCUACCAAAGAAUGGCUGACAAAUUGAACUUCAAAAGGGAUAAGAUUGUUGAUAUCCAAAAGGCUCUGCAAUCUGCUGACAUGAACAAUGACAAGCAACUUGACUUUGAGGAAUGGCGCCAAGACAUGAAAUCGCGUGGUUAUGCUGAUGAAGAGAUUGAAUUAAUGUUUGCUAAAUAUGAUCUUAAUGGUGACAGAGUUCUUGAUGAAGAUGAACAGAAGAAAAUGAACGCUGAUUUGAAAGCACAAACAGAUGCACUAAAUAAAGAAUAUGAUGAAUUAGAAGAAAAGGCUAACAACAACAAUCGCUGUAGUAGUCGCAUGAGUUAUCAGGAGGACAGCGGAGAGGACAGUGAUGAUGAAGACAAUGGCUCAAAGGUCUCACGAUCUGGACGCGUAACUAAUGGUGUUUCAUACGAAGAAUUUACAGUACUUUCUCGACGUGUGGAUCGCAUGGAACAUUCCAUUGGAAGCAUUGUCUCUAAAAUCGAUGCCGUUCUUGUGAAACUUGAAGCAAUGGAAAAAGCAAAGAUAAAGCGCCGAGAAACCAUGGCAAAAAUGCUUGACAGUAUUACAGAAUCUACAAGCAAUACUGAUGAAAUGAAACGAGAUCAGAUGGAGAAACUUGUGCGAGAAGAACUGGAACGAUGGGACUCUGAGGCAUCCAUUGGCCAAGCAAAUGGACGAGGUGACUCUCCAGGAAGCAGUAGUGGUGCUGGUACCUGUGGCCUACGGCCUCGCUCUAGUUCCAGGCCAGGAUCUGGACAAAAUUCAUCUAAAGCAUAAUAUGCUUGGAGGAUCUCAUUUGUAACUGGAGAAAUGGACUGAAUGAUCAUUGCAACGUUGGACCAAAACUAAAUUACAAGUUGUGAAGUGGCCUUAGUCAUUGAAAAAGUCAGAAAGACCAUUUUCUUUUCAGCCUGUUUACUCCACGUUCUUUUAUGUUCCAACUUUUUAGUCCUGAUCUAUCUAUCUAUAUAUAUUUGUCACUCUUUUUUCCCUUCUUCUCUCCUGCCACCAUUUUACAUCUUAUUUCAACACAUUUCACAUAUUAAGUACCAAAGUCUUUUUUUUUUUUUGGUCUUUAGCAAUCAUCUUAAUAGACUGAAGUGGUUGUUUUAAAUCAACUGAAAAAAAUAAUGAAAGUAUGUAACAAUGUUGAUCUCUGGCACACACACACACACACAAUAUAAAACAUAUGAAAGCAAACAAAUUAUUUUUUGCUUAGUUGCAUUUCUCUUUGUUAUAUUUUCAGUUUUCUUUAAUCUAAAAGGAUGAUUAAGAUAAUGAUGAUGAUGAGUCUCAACUGAAAAUUGCCUUAUUUUUAUUUAACUUCUCCAAGAACUAUCAUGCCUACUAAAUGCAGUUCAACCAAUUUCACAUCUACGCCCACCCACUACAAUUCAGGGUUUAUAUGUAUAUUACAUGCAAGUUUAUAUGCAUACAUAUGUGCACAUAUACUACACACACACACACACAUGUAUGUAUUGUGUCUUUAUCGAGAGGACAUCUUUUACCUUAGACAUGUUGUAUUGAAAACAUGACUGUGGUCCAAUGUAUGUCUCUAUUUUCCUAUGGGUUCCUUGCAAUUUUGUUUGGAACACUAUAGUUUUGCAAAGGAAUAAUCAAUGUUUCUAGAUCUUCAUCAUCUCAUCUUCUGGAUGAAGUGAUGUUGAUAAUGUUGUAAGAUCAUUAUAACAUUUAAAACCAACAUGAUUGGUGUAAGACUUUACCACUGGAGUCUGUAGUUUAGAUUGUUAGAUUUAUGUCAUCAGUCAUACAACUGUGUAUGUUUACUGUCUUUUAGCAUUGUGUUAUGUUAUAGGCAUUGCUACCAUCAUUAGUUAUAUGUUUUUGUGGGAAUUCUGUUGAAUGUAGGUGUGUUAUCCACUAAUAUGUUGCAUGGAGUUGUCCAUGGUGACCAGGUGGAGUGUGUCUAGAAACAGUGAUGAUGGGUUUAGAAAUUUAUGCUUCUAAAUACAGGCAAAGAAGUCCUACAAAAAUAUUAAAAUAUCUUGGUAAAGUUAAAACUAGAGCGCAUUUGUGUUUUCAGUGCAUGAAUUUAUCUAUGUCUGUAUGCAUGCAAACAAAUAUAUAUGUGUAUGUGUGUCUAUAUAUAUAAAUAUCUGUUGUGGAAGAAUUUUCCUAUUUAAUUGAAUUUUAAUAUUUAUUUGGUAAACUGUUAUUGAUGUAGGCUAAUAUUUGUGUAAUAUAAACAAUUAAAAUAAUGGAAAAGUUGAUGUCAUUUGUAGACACAUUGAAAAAAUAUAUACAUUUAGCAUUGAACUGAAUUUAUUUCUUUUGAUGGUAAAUAAAGAAAACCCAGAGCUGCUGAACAAUAGUAAAUUAAAUGGUAUGCAAAAAUGAAUACAAAAAAAAAACAGGAACAAUAAAACAAAAAAGUAUUGAAAAUACAACAACAAAAAGAUAAAACACUGAAAUCCUACACAAAGAACUUUUCUUUACCAUUUACAAAGACGAAUAACUAUGGAGGCAUUUGCACUGUUGAACAUUAUAUGUAUUUAUUGGUUUUGAUUUUUUCCUCUUCUGUACAGUUUCAUUUCUUGUUUGGUAAAUGUUUUGAUGUAAUAGAAUAUCAUAUUAUCAUAUCACACACACAUGAGUAUGUGUAUGUGUGGCAAAAGUUAUUCUCUAUAUGCUUUUGCUAUGCUAAAGUUUACAUAUAUCUGAUUUAAUGCAUAUGCCACUACCCUAUCUGUCUCUCUCUCUUUCUCACACUCCACACACACACACACACAUACCCCCACUAUGUAUGUUUAUAUAGAACCCCUCCUGAAUUGUUCAGUUUGUAUAAUGUAUGAAAUAAUAUUUAUACACAUGUACAUAUAUAUAAUUGUAUAAGUUAAAUUACGGUUACUAUGUUAAAGCAAGGUGAAGAAUAAUAGUGAAACACUACUAAUGGGGGGCGUCUGUGUAUACAUAUAUAUAUAAUGUGUGUGUAUAAUGUGAUGAUGUAUAUGUGCUUAUAUAAAUAUAUAUAUAAUUAACUUGACCAGUUGACAUAUUGUCCGGAAAUUAAAAUAACGUUAUUGCGGAGUAUUUAAUUGUUUUUUUUUCAAACCUAUAUUAAAAUAAACUAUUCCAAAACAGGAGCAACAAAUACUGGAAUUGAAACUCUAGAACACUGAAAUGAAUCUUAGGGGAAAAAAUCUUAAAUAGAAAAGAAAU